CGUAAGGUGUCCUGUGUUUCUGCAGACGGUCGAUGUAGCCUUCAGCGCCAUCGCCUCUCCGCACGUGAAGAAGAUUGAGCAGCUCGUUCACGUCGUGGUGGAUCCGAAACUCACUCAUGGCGCUGCGAGGACAGCCCGCUACGUCACCAUCUUUGUCACGCUAACAUCUCAGGACGUCAUCUUCUCUCGGAGACGCAAGCGAGCUAGCAUGUUAACCGAGUUUGAGCCCGUCACAAAACUUACCAACAAAGAAGCUGCUGUCGGUUGUUGUGCCGCUCCAAAACCCGAUGUCGGCAGAGCUCCGAACCUCCUAGGAGCUUCCCGUCACGUCUAUUAUGAUUUGCUCAAGGCGCCUUCGUCGAAUUCUUCUUCUACGCUUCAUGUUGCGUUGACGACACUGCCCCCCCACGGGUGAUAUGUUGUACAACAAGUGCCGGCGUCAUCGUCUGAACGGUAAUAAACGUAAUAAACAACGCUUGUUUGUCUUUUGACGGCUCACAGUCGUUUCUUGGCAGAAAUAUGCCAAAAAUAACUAAGGGUAGUUGUCAGAAAGUCUUAGUAUGCUAGCAAUUAGCUUUUAGUUUGAAAAGCCACACAGCGGAAGUAAACAGUAAACACGUUACAACCCGGAAGAACUGUCUUUCUCAGAAGACGGUUUGAAUAUGUCAGAAGGCCAAAUGUUUGAUUAAUGCCAUGUUGCUAAGUGCGCCGUGUCGUUAGCGUGCGUGUUCAAGUCCUCCGUCGACCGUUAACCGUGCCUGAGUUUUUCGACGAGCACAUCAUGGCCGAGCUUCAUGCGGUCGAACCGAGCGGUACCAGCACCGUCGAGCAGGCGGAGCACCGAGACGUCCGCGGCUCGGUUCGCCUGCCUUCGCCCAGCUUGCUAGUUCCGCCUCGGGCCGGUCAACUCAGUCCCGCCGUCUCCAACCGCUCGGUGUUCGGCUUCCCGGUCAAGAGCAGCCCGACUUCCCCGUCCGAAGCGGCUGACAAGCCGGGGUCGCGCUGGGUCCGUCUGAACGUCGGCGGGACGUACUUCAUCACCACCAAACAGACUAUGUGCAGGGACCCCAAGUCCUUCCUGUCCCGCCUGUGCCAGGAGGACCCCGAUCUGGACUCGGACAAAGACCAAACGGGGGCCUAUUUGAUUGACAGGGACCCCACCUACUUUGGACCCAUACUCAACUACCUGCGGCACGGAAAACUCAUCUUGGACAAGAACCUGGCCGAGGAAGGUGUUCUUGAAGAAGCCGAGUUCUACAACAUUGCCUCCCUGGUCCGCUUGGUCAAAGAACGCAUACGUGACAACGAGAACCGCACGUCACAGGGGCCGGUCAAGCACGUCUAUCGCGUCCUGCAGUGCCAGGAGGAGGAGCUCACUCAGAUGGUCUCCACCAUGUCAGAUGGAUGGAAGUUUGAGCAGCUGAUCAGCAUCGGCUCGUCGUACAACUACGGGAACGAGGACCAGGCGGAGUUCCUCUGCGUGGUCUCCCGCGAGCUCAACAACUCCACCAACGGAGUCGUCAUCGAGCCCACCGAAAAGGCCAAGAUCCUGCAGGAGCGAGGCUCCCGCAUGUAAGGAGACGUCCGUCCCACAAAGCAGAACUUUGACUACGCCCACCCACCCAUCGUCGCCAUCGUCACCAUUACGUCCUCCUGUGUGCCUUCCACCACGCUGGCCCCUCCCCCUCCGUCACGGCAGUGGUGCGCGCUGAUGUCGGGAUACUUCCUGCCAAACGUCAGCGCUUCUCCCAAACGGAAUGAGAGCGUCGACUUGUCUCUGUCUCACGUAUCCAUGGCGACCUCCGGCGCGUGGGCUGUGACCCCUCCUCUUGCCAACAUACGAACAUGUGAUCUGACACCGUGUGCUCCAGUCGAGACUUUGGACGAGCUCCGUUUCCUGCAGGACGCGUCUUCCCCCAACCAAUCACAGCGCGUCUUAAACUUAGUAAACGUUGGAUCGGUGAAAAGGAGGCCGUCUGGCCGCUAUGUUGACAUGUUAACACACGUUGUGUAUUUGUGUGCGGCGCCUUUGGGAUAAGGAGGUGGGCAGUUGUCAGUCACAAUGUUAACAAAUACCUCCUCUAACAUGCUCGCAGUCUUAGCUGGGGGGGGUGUCAGCAUGCCAGGUGGGAUUUUAUGAACAGAAAACAAAUGCAUGCCAGAUUUGUUAGUACAGCAUGCUAACACGGCAGCAUUGUUAGCAUGUGUCGUCUGUUAGCAUUGCCGGCCGCCGCUUCACCUGCAGGAUCAAACAUAGAACUGAUUGGCUCUGGAAAAGUCAGGGAAUUGGUCCGUGGUUGUUAAAUUUACGGGUUGGCGAGUCGAUUGCAAAAAAAAAGUAUCUUUUUGUGCACACGAGGAAAAGGAGCGCAUGAAAGGGCGUGAAAAAGGUGUCGUGUUCUGGAAUUAGUCCGUGUUGGUGAAAAAAAAACGUGUCGUGGUGCAUGGUUGGGUUGGGGGGGGGGGGUGUUUGGGGGCUGUCUUGCUGUUCUAUUUAUCCUCACAUCUUCUUUGUUGUUGGCUAACUGCUGUCGGGCCCUUUGGCUAAUUAUUGCUAACUGUCAAUUAGCCUCCCAAGCGACCAAUCAGAAGGCGCCAACGUCCCGCGGCGACUCGUGUUCAUUUCGGUCUGCAUGCCUUUUGUGCACGUGUGUUGACAGUAUUGUGAGACACCUUUUGUCUCCUUAAUUUAUUGCAGAUUUUGUCUACAAAUGUUGUUCUGUAACACAUCUAACCAGAAGGCUCAUAAACACCGUCUGUCUUUGAAGACGCAUUCUGCA